ACCACCAAAACAUCGUUAAAUCAGUCUUCGAGAAAAUAUGAUAAAAUUUCAUCCUGUUUUGGAUGCAUUUUUGGAUCUAGUCGCAGUCAUUUGUUUUUGAUAAUCGCUACGUAUCCAUCAAGUCUGACUGCGCCUUUUGCGCGUAGACUCAAUACUCCUCGUUUCCGAGAACAACCCGCACACUUCACGACGUCUCUUGGCUGUAACGCACGCACUCUUUAAAUCUUGUAUACACCGUGGCUGACAACGACAUUCCGAAAAUUGUAGGUUAUGAGUGUCACGUGCAAGAGUUAGCCUAGCAUACAUCGUCGUAAUUUUAGUUUUUAGGAAGAUUGACAAAGAACGUAAUUUAACAAUGGACACCGGCGAUUCAACAGAUGAAUAUUUCAAGAGUUACGAGGAUCUGGAAGUUCAUCGACUGAUGCUAGAGGAUAAACCUCGUACCCUUGCUUACAAAAAUGCAAUAUUUGCUUGUAGCGAUAAAUUUCAGAACAAAAUUGUAAUGGAUGUUGGUGCUGGGACGGGUAUACUAUCGGUGUUCUGUGCCAAAGCAGGUGCUGCAAAAGUUUAUGCUAUAGAAGCAAGCCACAUGGCACAAGUAGCAAAAGAAGUAGUUCGCGAAAAUGGUUUUGAAAGUAUCGUAGAAGUGAUUCACAGUAAAGUAGAAGAUUUAAAGAGCGAUGAUAUCGGCAAAGUCGAUAUCAUAGUCUCUGAAUGGAUGGGAUUUCAUUUGAUGCACGAGGGAAUGCUGGAUUCGGUACUUGUGGCCAGAGAUCAAUUCUUGAAAGAAAAUGGACUCAUGUUCCCUAACGAGGCCAAACUUUAUGCAUCUCCUUGCGAAUUACCCACUGUGUAUGAUUUCUGGAACGAUGUAUACGGAGUCAGUAUGGAGUUUGUCAGCCGGGAACAGAGACGUUUGAAGUCUAAAAAGCCAAAUAUUUCGUCUUUAGAGGCAAAUAACUUACUGACGGAUGGAAAGCUGCUUGUUUGGCUGGAUCUCAGUACAGCAACUAUGCCAGAAUUGUUAUGUCUCGGUGGUGAAUCUACGGUCGUACCGUGCAAUCGGAACGGAAUAUAUCAGGGCAUUUGCGUAUGGUUUUCCGUUACAUUUCCGGAUGGUUCGGAAUUAUCGACUAGUCCAGAGUAUGAAUCAACUCAUUGGAAACAAAGUAUUGUAGUACUCCCACACGAUAUUCCGGUAACGAAAGAUGAACCAGUAGCAUUCAAGCUCGAACUCCGUAAGGAUUCUUUGAAACCAAGAAUUUAUAAUGUGGAAUAUACUCAGUUAGACCCAGAAAACGUCGAACACGAUAUUCCCUGUCAUUGUUAUAUGACCAAGUGUUUAGUAAUAAAAGCUUAUCUCUCUGAACAUCCAGAGGAAGAUAUCCAGGGUAGAGAAACUUAAUUUUUACUACGAAGUCACAUGUUUUGUGAUUUCAAGUACCAUACUGCAUCUAUUCUUGCUUAUGCAAGUUCCCUUGUGAAUAAGCAUAUGGGUUAAUUCACGCGAAACGGGACGGGUUUCAACGGAUGGUCAUCGAAUUUGACGCGCGGCUAGAAUCUCAUUCCUUACUAUCUUGUGAAGACUCUUCCAUAGUGUUGGGUUCAUACAUAAAUUCUUGACUCCUCGCUAACCGUGAUUGAACGAAUUUUCCUUGGACUACUCAAUUCACUUGGAAAUUUUACCGAUUACAGUUCAAGUUGUUAAAAAAGUGUGCUAUAAUUUUCAGCUGGGCGUUUGAUCUUGUUCACUGGCAAGCAAUUAUCGCAAAAAUUGGAUUGAAAAUUGAAACAGUUUGCUUUUUCAAUCAUUUUCUACCGACAAACAAGCAAGAAAAAUGCCCAGCUGAAAAUUAUACCACAACUUUUAUCACAACCUGAACUGUGUGCAGUAAAUUUUUUAAGUGAAUCGAGUAGAGUACAGAAAAUACUUCAAUCGUGAUUUGCGGGGAAUCAAUUUUUGCUUGCGACCCAAAACCAUAGAAGACUCUUCACUAGAUAGUAAGGAAUUAGAUUCUACCCGAUAUGAACCUACAUAGAAUGUUCAAUUGUUAUAUUUGUUUAAAUAUUUCAGAUACAUUUUAUGUAACUUUUAUUAAAGAUGUCUGCAAUUUUAAGUAAGACAUUUUUCGAUACAAAUAAUUCUGUAGUAUUUAUUGUUAUGUGGUAUAAAAGCCGGAUCUAAAGACAACUAUUUGUACAUGGGAUUUUACUUCCAUCUAUUUUUGAAAUAAUUUGGAAAUAAAUUGUGCCCAUUGAAGUAAGGGUGCUCAGAAAAA